AUGACUAUUAAGACUGGUACCUACCAGUCGAAAAGGUCAAGGUAUCAGCAUGCUUAUAGUCAAGAAAGUGGGAAGAACAUGGAAGUUCGAAUCAUAGGGAGGAACCAAAGGACAUUCUCCCAAUUUCAUAAGCCUUUAUCAAAAGUGUUAGAAAAGUUGAAAGCCAAAGAUUUGUUAUAUUUGCUCAUAUUGGAUCGAACAAACUGGAGAACGAACAUGCUGACCUCACUCCUAGUCCCUUACAUUUUCUUUAGUCUUCCUGCAGCAAUAUUUAAUUUGUUAAGAGGGGAGGUCGGGAAAUGGAUUGCUUUCAUUGCAGUGGUGCUCAGGCUUUUCUUUCCUCGACACUUCCCAGUUAAACAAGAACACAAAACAGAGAGAAAAAAUGGGUGUUAUUUCAUCAUCACCAUCACUGCAGGAGAAAGAAGGAAGAAAGCCGAUCACAGAGCAGAGAGGAUUUGGGUUUAA